UCAAUAGAUCCGUUCAAUUGUUCCCAAAAUGCCGAUCAAGACUAUCAAAGCCCGUCAGAUAUUCGACAGCCGCGGUAACCCUACCGUCGAGGUCGACCUCACCACUGAUAAGGGUCUAUUCCGAGCGGCUGUCCCUUCGGGCGCGUCCACCGGUAUCUAUGAAGCGCUAGAACUGCGAGACAACGAUAAGACCAAAUAUAUGGGCAAAUCUGUGUUCACUGCCGUUAAUAACAUUAAUUCAGAGAUCGGACCAAAACUUAUCGCUAAAAACUUGGAUGAAAUCAAUCAGAAAGAAAUCGACGAAUUUAUGAUCCAAUUGGACGGCGACGCCAACAAGAAGAGGUUGGGCGCCAACGCCAUACUC